AUGUUAUCAUACCGAACACAAGGCUUUAAUCCAUACUCGGUUGCCUAUUCACCAUUCUUCGACUCCAAAAUUGCAGUUGCUGCUGCUGCUAACUUUGGUCUUGUUGGAAAUGGCCGACUAUAUGUCUUGAAUCUGACAGAUUCAGGUCAAAUACUACCUCAAGCAUACUUUGAUACCCAGGAUGGGUUGUUUGAUUUGGCAUGGUCUGAGGUGCACGAGAAUCAGGUUGUGGCUAGUUCCGGUGACGGAACAAUCAAACUAUUUGAUUUGGCUACAGCAAGCCCCCCUCCACCAGCUACAGGGUUUGUAGGAGCAGCAGCGCCUCCAACUGCUGGGAAAAUCAAUUUCCCAAUCCAAGUCUACAAGGAACAUACUCGUGAAGUCUUUUCAGUCAACUGGAACUUGGCACAAAAACACUUGUUUUGUACCAGUUCAUGGGACGGCACCAUAAAGAUCUGGACGCCGGAUCGUGCGCAAUCCAUUUCAACGUUUGUAGCACCUGUUCCUGAUACAACUACCAUAGCGGCUGUUCCUCCAGCAGCAGCAGCCGGUGCUCCGGCCCAAAAGCAAAACAAUGCACAUGCGCCUGGAUCAGGCCCUCAGUCAGCCAUGGCAGCCGGAGCUGGAGGUGGAGCAGCUUCUGGAACAGGACCAUCAUCUAUUCACAGCGCCAUGUUUUCACCACAUAAUCCCAGCAUUGUGGCAUCGGUGCAUGCUGACUCCCAUGUCCGAGUUUGGGACACGCGGGCCUACCCCGCAUUGACACACGACUUUCUGGGACAUGCUGGGUUAGAGGCAUUAACUUUGGACUGGAAUAAAUAUCGGCCGACGGUGCUAGCGACGGGUGGUGUAGAUAAGACAAUCAAGAUUUGGGAUUUGCGCAUGGUUCCAGGGGUGGAUUCGAACAAUUCAGCUGCAGAGUUGAGUGCUGGGAGGGUAGGUAUGGCGCCUGCACGGGUUAGGCACUCGAUUGUGGCACCUGUAAAUGAGUUACUAGGUCAUGAUUAUGCCAUUCGGAAAAUUGUUUGGUCGCCCCAUAGCCCGGAGAUGCUGUUAUCGACUUCAUAUGAUAUGACUGCACGCGUUUGGCGCGACAUGACGGCUGGAAGUGACACAUCAGGUACAACUUCUCGUUACAUGUCACGUCUUAAUCAUGGCAGUGGUAUGGUUAAUGUUUUCCAUAAUCAUACCGAGUUUGUCAUGGGAGCCGACUGGAGUUUGUGGGGUGAACCUGGCUGGGUUGCUACUGUAGGUUGGGACGAAAUGUUACAUGUUUGGAAGGCAGUAUAA